GAUCCAAUGCUAUUCUUUGACGACGUGUACUCAACGAAGCGCUUCAAGCUGCUCUACGCGGCCAUGUCGUACCAGUUCCGCCACAAGACCUUGACAGAGAUCCUUUAUCAAGAGCACCUGCUGUUUGUCGAUUCGACUUCAACCCUUCGAAGCCAGGUCCGAAAAUGA